GACCAAUAUGGCGUCUAUCUAUGAAAAUGUAACGAGGAAGAAACUGAAACUUUCAGCAACGUGUUUAAGGUUGUGCCAUUUCACAUGAGAAGCGUGUGAAAUGGUGUGCCACAAUAGAAAUAAAGUAAAGCUAUGAAGAAAGCUUCAAGUACGAGUAAUGAAGCGAAACCUGACGUUGACAAAGCUAAGAAAAUCUACAGAGCUGCUCUGGAUGCGAUUCGUCGUCUGGAUGAGAUAAGCAAACAGAAGAAAGCAUACAGAGAUGUAUUCUUGCAAGAUGCUGUUGGACUCAGAAAUAAACUCAAGGAGUAUUGUGAGAGGUUGAUGUUCUACAACCCCAGUGACUAUGGCCGCAAAGCAGAGGAGGUUCUAUGGAGGAAGGUGUUCUAUGACAUCAUCCAGGUUGUCAAACACAACAGGAAGCAUGUGCGUCCCCACGGGUCCCUGGAGACAGCCUACCGGACACACCUGGCCUCCGCCACUGGAUACUACCAGCAUCUGCUGUUCAGGCUGCAGCAGGAGUUUGGCCUCAAGUUGUCCGGCAUUCUCGACUUUCAUCUUGUUGCAGAUCCCAAACCAGUAAAGAAGCACAGCAGUAGUAGCAGCAGCAGCAGCAGUAGCAGCAAGAAGACACCACAGUCCGUGAUUGAGUGGGCGCAGAGAGCCUGCCACAGAUGUCUCAUUUGUCUUGGAGACAUUGCCCGAUAUCAACAGGACUUUGAUCAUGGCGUGAGUGGCGCCACAGCGGAGAGAUACUACUACCAAGCGAUCAUGUUGUUUCCUGAUAUUGGUAUGCCCCACAACCAGCUGGGGACUUUGUCUGCUUCCCGCUACUACAGCUGUGAGGCUGCCUAUCAUUAUAUUAGAUGUAUGUCGACAGAGAAGUCGUUUGAAGGAGCCCAUGGUAACUUGCAGCGACUGUUUGAGAAGAACCACAAGAGGUACCUGGAACUGGGGCAGAUUCAGCAGCAGCACCGUGACCUCACACCAGACAAACAACAACCACAAAACAUCCGGCAGUUCUUUGUCCGCUUCCUGUACCUGCUGGAUGUCUUGUAUGAUACAGAGAAGAGCAACGACACAACUUUGAUGCAGUCUGCAUGUCAGGCCACGCUUCACGACUUCAACCUAUGCAUGUUCUAUGAACCCAGCUCAAUGGCAGAGAACUACGCGAAAGCUGACCCUGCCAUAGACGACCCCCAUUACCUGGAUGAUGACAUUGUCUUCAAGAUCGUCAUCAUGUGUCUCAGCACCAUCCAUCUCCUGCAGAGGAAAUGCUCACCUCAAUUGACAGCCGCCAUUGCCUUUCUUCUUGCGCUGUUCUCGCACAUACUGAACCAUGUGACCAACAGACUACAGGGGGCGCUGUAUGAGAAAGAACACCCAAAUAAGCUGUUAGAGUCACACAAGUCUAUAGCAGCUCUCCCCCAUGAUGACCACAACUACUCGUCCACCUCGGACACGGAGCGGGAUGAAAUGUCCAGUCAUGAUGCUGACCACAGGAACAACAGUGUCGACAAAAGCAAUAUGCUGACUCAGGACGAAGGCAAUAAACCAAAGAAACAGAAGCAAUCACGACUCCGCAACUUGCGGCGACGUAGACGACGUCACCAUAGCGAUAGUAGUGACAUGUCAGACUUGUCUGAAGAUUCUGAUCUCAGUGAAGGUGGUGAGCACAUAGAAGAGGAUAUUGUCUCUGAAGAUUCUGAUGAUGAUCUAGUCACAUACUUUGACAAUGAUUCCGACUCAGAUCUCUCUGAUUCCUUGAUGGAAAGUCAGGAGCUCAAAACCGGCUUUGCAUCAUCACAUGGCAACAAUCAAUCCAAGUUACGAUUGAGUUCAGGGUCGUCUGUGAAAAUGGCUCAAGAGAAUGGCAAUUGGUCGGAUCUGAUGGGAAAUCAGAAUCUGGUGACAUUGUCGUCUGAGUUGUUCUCCUCGUCCAUGACCUUCCUGGGGCAGGACCUCAAUCUGGACCUACUCAACACCAAACAGUACCAGGCAGACAUUGCAGCCUACGAGAACUGUAAGGAUGUCAUACAAGGCAAGAAGGAUGUUCCAGUUCCACCAGGUUUCCUGUCAUCCAUGGAGGCGCACCAUGUGGCAGACAUCACCAACAAGCUGGUCAACUUCCAGAUCGAGACUGACACAGAAGUCAGUGCAUGUCCUACAGACACAGAUCCAUCUGGACUCACUGAGACUGAGAUGGAGGCAGAUGACGACAAUUCCUGUGAUAGUUACAACGACAAGGCGGAGGCUGAACGGCUGAGACUGCAGCGGGUGAUCGAGGUUAUCCAGACGGAGGGUCUGCUUUCCACUGUCAAGGUGAUGUGUGACUGGAUGCAGUGCCAUUCAACCAUCAUCAACACAUGUGCUCAGAGCUCCCAGUCGUUAUGGUGUAGACUGUCAGUUCUGCUCAACUUUUUGCCUCAGGAAAAGGAAUUGAUCAGCCAUGAUCAGAUAUGGUCUGAUGAACUGAGGAUGCGGCUGACGGACAGUAGCACACCAAGCUGGUUUCAGUUGUUCCCUCUCCGAGAAGACAUCAACCUGUCCGGCUUCUCCGCCCUGGCCGACAUCCAGGCCACUAUCGACUUCACCUCCAAACAUAGGGGACAGCUCAGUGAGAUUCAGGAGACAUUUCUCCGGAUCACCUGUCUGCGUCACUUCGGCCACUUCUUGUCCCAGUCUGACUGUGUGGAGUUCACCUACAACCUGGAACAGGCGAUGUUCUUUGGGCCCUCACACACUGACCCCGAGGUCAGUGAGAAGGCAGCACAGGAGAAGAUGAGAGAUGCAGAAAGCCGACGCAACCAACUGAUGAGAGACAUGGCUCAGCUGAGGCUUCAGGCUGAGGUGAGCCAGCUGGAAGGGUCCCUACAGGAGUCAGAGCAGCCCAUGUUCCCUCCGUACCUGAUCACCGACACUUCCGCCCUGUGCUCCUCUCUCCCACUCGUCAAACAGCUCAUCCUCAGUGCCAGGGGCAUCAUGGUCAUCCCUCUCUCAGUGAUUGACAGUUUGGACUUUAUGAAGAAAGAGAGCUCUGGAGCCCGGGAGGCUAUUCGAUGGCUGGAGAAUGAGUUCAGGAAGGGGAACAGGUACAUCCGUGCUCAGAAGAGCAAUGAGACAUUGCCAGGCAACAACCAGAGGAUGCUGAAGAAGAGGAACCGAGAUCAGUGGUGUUUGAGUGAGAUACUGAGUUGUUCCCGGUACCUGGCACAGCAGAGCGGGAACUUCAGCUCUGGGAGUGUUGUGGCCAUCUUGACUGACCACAAGUUGGACACGGAGCAGACUCUCCCAGCCAUCAGACACACCAUAACAGCAAGCCGGCAAGAAGGUGUAAGCAUUGAGAACAUUGCUGACUUUGCCUCUCGCUGGAAGGAGGUCUGUAAGAGCAAAGGCUGAGACUACCACACAAGAUCAGGGACUGAUCCUCAAAACAAGCGCAAGGAAUCCAGAGAUACACUAUCCAGAUAGUAUCUGGGACAGCCUAUCUCAGAGUUGGGUAACCCAAGCAGUCUGAAGCCAGACAGUCAGUCAGGGCUACUGACGGUAUGGAAGACUCUCCGGAGUCAUCAGCCUCACUUGUACCAGUGGCAAUCUGCGUACAACAUGGAGAAUAGGAUUCUCAUUCAACACAGGAUUCUAAUAUUUGAGAAAUAUUGAAGUGAUUUUUGCGGAAAUCUUUUCUAUUUCUCAACAGAGACCAUAAAAUAUAGUAUUCCAAGGCAGUAUCAGGUGCAGCCACAUUCAACGAUCAAGGAAGUUAGAUGAGGAAAUUGUUUCUCAGUAACAGAGGCGAUGGUGUACCUGAAGUCAAGAUGCUUGCCUAUGGAAUCCACACAAAGAAACCUUUGAAUAAUUUGAGACUGUAACUUGGAGGCCAAGUUCAUAAUGGAAAGUCACCACUUUGCUAACUUGCACAUGUGACUUGAUUAGUGCUGCAUGACAUUUUGUAAUAUAAUCAGAAGUGUUCGUGACAAGUUGACAUGGUAUCAAUUUCUUGCUUUUACCUUAUUUUAUGAGCUAUUGAUGUUGUCUCCCUUGUUUAAUUCAUCAUAAGAACCUUCUGAUGUUUGUGAUGUGUAGAAGCAAGGGACACAAUACAUCUGUGAAUUAUUUUACAUGGUAAUAUAUGUUCUCCAAUCCAUGUUCAGGAAGCCACUCCCAGAACCCUGCCCCACCCUUUGUCCUGUCCAAUUCCCACCAUUAUAGUUUGGCGAUCCAGCACCCCUACCCAUGUAGAUGGAGACAUCUGUGUCAGCCCUACAACCCUGACCAUCACACUGUGCCCCCAAUCAAGUUCCUGAUUGUGAAGUUUGGCAUAGCUCCUUCCCCCAUCUGAAUGUCACCUAAGUGCCCAUCCUCAUCUUCUCCAUCUCUCACAGUGGGAUAAUGCUUCCCUAUCUCUACAAUCUCCUUGCCUGCUAUCUCCUUCUCUGCAACCCUCACCCAAGACUACAGAUUCACACUGCUAUCCUUCUUCAUCCUCCAAAGUGACAAUUGCCUCACUGAACACAGUUUGCAUGACUACACUCCCCUGAUGGCCCUCACCCUAGGUUAAACAUAUGUCCCUAUCCCCAUCCUCCCCCAACCAAACCACCCCUGUUGCAACCCUAUCCCCACCCAUUCCUAACUGUGGCAUUUCUAUCCCCACCAAUGUCUACCUGUGGCAUCUCUUUCCCCACCCAUGCCUAACUGUGGCAUCCCUAUCCCCACCUAUGCCUAACUGCGAAAUCUCUAUCCCCACACAUGCCUAUCUGUGACAUCUCUAUCCCCACACAUGCCUAACUGUGGCAUUUCUAUCCCCACCCAUGCCUAACUGUGGCAUCUCUAUCCCCACCAAUACCUAACUGUGGCAUCUCUAUCCCCACCCAUGCCUAACUGUGGCAUCCCUAUCCCCAGCAAUGACUAACUGGGGUAUCCCUAUCCCCCGAUGCCUAACUAAGGCAUCUCUAUCCCCAACAAUGCCGAACUGUGGCAUCUCUAUCCCCAUCCAUGCCUAACUGUGUCAUCUCUAUCUCCACCCAUGCCUAUCUGUGGCAUCUCUAUCCCCACCCAUGCCUAACUGUGGUAUCUCUAUCCCCACCCAUGCCUGACUGUGUCAUCUCUAUCACCAUCCAUGCCUCACUGUGGCAUCCCUGUCCCCAACAAUGCCUAACUGUGGCAUCUCUAUCCCCACCCAUGCCCAUCUGUGGCAUCCCUAUCCCCACCCAUGCCUAACUGUGUCAUCUCUAUCCCCACCUAUGCCUACCUGUGUCAUCUCUAUCCCCACCCAUGCCUAACUGUGGCAUCUCUAUCCCAAAACAAUGCCUAACUGGCAUUUCUAUUCCCACCAAUACCUAACUGUGGCAUCUCUAUCCCCACCCAUGCCUAACUGUGGCAUCUGUAUCCCCAACAAUGCCUAACUGUGGCAUCUCUAUCCCCACCCAUGCCUACCUGUGGCAUCUCUAUCCCCACCCAUACCUAACUGUGGCAUCUCUAUCCUCACCCAUGCCUAACUGUGGCAUCUCUAUCCCCACCCAUACCUAACUGUGGCAUCUCUAUCCCCACCCAUACCUAACUGUGGCAUCUCUAUCCUCACCCAUGCCUAACUGUGGCAUCUCUAUCCCCACCCAUACCUAACUGUGGCAUCUCUAUCCUCACCCAUGCCUGACUGUGGCAUCUCUAUCCCUUCCCACGGCUGACUUCUGUAUUGUGACCAUCUCCCUUGAGAGGAUACUGAUCCAGCUAUACACAUGUGUAAAGACCAGCAUACAAGAGAAUAUAUAUGAAGACAUUAUGUCUGUGUCGACAAUGAAAUUGCUCACAAACAUUUGGAGGAACAUAAGUAUAUUUUGUUAUUUUCUAAGCAAACAUUUGUUGGUUCAGGACAAUGUAUUAUUCUCUGGUGUGUGUGCUUGUAGUUAAUGCACUUUCUCUCAUUUCAACAUAUGCUGAAAUAGGAAGAACUGUAUGCUUUGUGUGUUACCAUAAUAUCCAUUAUUUUCUAGAUGAGUCAGGUGUAUGAACUUGUUUCAUAAAAUGUUUGGCAACAGUUAUAAGUGCCGUAACAUCACUUUAAAUGUAGAAACUCAUCUCCAUAGUUUUGAUAAGCUUAAAUAAACUCACCUACCAGGUUAUUUUAUUUGGGAAAUGGUUAAAAGAAGGUUUAAGUCCAAAUUGGUAGGCUGUCCGGGGCCUCAACUAGUUAGUUUAUCUGACUUAAGUGAGCUUACGUCAUUGCCUGCUUAUCCAGCAUCUGGUGUCAGGCGUCAGUUCCCUUCGGCGGCGUUCGCAGACAUCUUCUCCUUAGCAACCACUCGUCUAAUGAAGCUGGAUUUUUAUAUGCUUCCUCCAAACAAUAAUGACACUUGAAUUUUUUCAAUUGUUUUGAAUCCUAUUUUUCAAUAUGACCACCAUUACGUUUUGACAUUUAUUUGACCUUUGCUCUUUGACCAUACUCCUAAUUUCUUUCAAAAUGCAUUUCCGGGCACUGUGAACUUCAUCUCCCCAGGAAGCACUGUCGGUGAAAUUUCACAUGUUGUCCCAACCAAUGAUGACACCUGAAUUUGUUCAAGAGGUUCCAAUCCAAUUUUCGACAUAUUUUUGCCAAUAACAGAAUCAUUUUGAUCCAAAAUAGCAGGAAAUUUGGUACAUAUGUAGUUUGUAGUGGGGCUCAACUUCCCUGUUCUUUUUAAGUUAUUUUAGGUUAUUUUAGGUUUUGACGUUUGCACUUUGUCCAUACUGAAAGCAGAAACUUAUAGCCCUUACUCAGCCAUUUUUGUUCAGAAUUAAUUGCAGUUGGUAUGUGCGUCUCAACACUGUGGGGCUUAACAUAUAUGUUCCAGUUUUGAUUAUAUUUUAAAUUUGGACCUUGAUUUGAUUGGCACUUGGACCUUGGACCUUGCUAUCAAAUUCAAAAUUCUUUUGCCGAGUGGUUCUUUUUUUAUAUUAUAAACUGACUACCCAGGUGAGCUACAGUUGGCACUGCUCUUUACUUAGACUGGCAAGUUCUCUGGUGUCAUUAUAGAACUGUAUGUAUACUGCAUAUGGUAUGUAGCUUUAAUAGUUUAUGUUACAAUGUUAAAGUAUUGUGUCUUGUCAGAAGUUCAUGUAUGAAAAAAACCUGAAGUCUCAAAAUUGAUUUACUCUGGCCUUAUCUGAUUUAAAAAAAAACGGGAUUAACAUUUACACUUCCAAAUGCAAUCAAUGUAUUUUGCACAUUUCAUACAGGUAAAUCCUCUCUCUUGCUAUUCCAGGUCACUUUUCUCACUGAAACAUUCAGGAUAAAAUACCCAUAGUUGUUAUACAUGAUUUCAUGCAGCUGAAUAUAUAUUUGCUCCUGAGUCUUGGGGCAUCUAUCACAGUACAAGCUGAUUUUCAAAGAGCUGUAGUGUUAUUGAAGGCUGUUGUGAAUUUAUUACUUACUUGUACAUACCUGACUUGGAGUCUCACCAUUAGUGAAUAUGCCAGGUUACCAUGGUAAUUGUUAUGAAAUCGGUGUGCGUUUGAAAAUGUUUGUUUUAAAGCAAUAUUAUGGUAAAAGGGAAAAUGCCAGCUUGCACAACUUAGGACUCUAUUUGACACAGUUAUGUUAUCAACAUGGCUUUCAUUCAGACAUUCUUUACUCAACAUCUGUAGGAUUCAUUAAGGGCUAAAACAUUAUGGACAUAACAUGGACGGAAGUAAUAUUUGACCUGAAGUGUUUUCCUUACUAAAACAUGCUUUCUUGGGCAAGCUGGCCCUUUGAAACUGUAUGUAUGGUCGUUUGUAUGAUUCUUUGCACCUAUUCUACAAUUGUGAAUUAUACAUAUGGUCCUUUUUCAAUUGGAAGUCGUUUUAUUAAUCUGAAAUGUUUUCCUCUGAAGUCUCAGGUUCGAUAUUGGUACGAUAUGCACAGCCUUUGAUCUCCACGUCAUCACAGUUCAAUGGAAUGAAUCUUUAUCAAAGACCUUUUCAGGUGUAACUACAUGUUUAUGACAACAAAGGCCUCAACUUAUUUAUUCCUUAUGGGUUCAAUUUGUUUGUACAAAGGUAGGAACUCGUGGGCAAGUUGGGUUUGUUUGAAUUGUGUCACUUUUCUGGAAUGACAACAUAUGUAUCCUGCAAAUAUACAACAUUUAAACAAUGUCAUUGCAGAGUAUAUACAGCUUUGCACAAUGGUAGAAUUCUGUGUCAGUUUAGGCUAGAGGGGAUUUCUUUCAAUGAAACUGAACAUAUCAGCUGGACUCCUUUAGAAGGAACCAUUUAAUUAUUUUUAAAGGGGGUGUGAAUUUAGGGGAAAAGAGGUAAGGGUGCUUUUACCUACUAUGAUUAUUUCAGUGUUAUAUUUGUGAAAUAGAAAAUUACAACUUGAAGUUAACACAAUAUCCCAGCUGAACAGACAGGAACAAGUCAUACUAUUGCAUGUGACCUCGGUAUCAUGGUUUUCUAAAUAUGAUGAAUAUAUUGGAGCACUGCAGAAUACAUUUUCAAGGCAAUUAACAAAUUGGACAGUUUCUAUACCAGCCUGUUUGCCAUCAAGACACUUUGGUAAAGUGGGAGAGUGUUCUCUGAUGAGAACUGUACGGUGCAUGUGAAUAUAGUAUUGUUAUAUGAGGAUGUUUUUGUCACUGAGGCUAUUGAGAGUAUAUUUGAUUGGACAUUUUGUACACACAGAUUUGCAAAUGUUGACCCAUAUUAUUGUGUCCAUUCUGCAGUGAAAGAUUUGCUGAUUGUUCGUGCAAACUUCGGUCAUGGUAUUUUAACAAAUGGAAAAUGUAAAAUAUAUUUCAUUUGCAGAAAUGUUAUUGUACCUGUACAAGCUCUGUGAUAAAGUCUGACUUUGAA